AUGGCACUGAAUCCCAAACCCGAGAAAGUGCGUCUGCUGGUAGUCAGUAUUUUGGUAUUAGUCUUAGUGGUCGUCGUCGAGCCCAAGCCGGUCGAGCAUCCAGCAGUCUCAGAGCAAUGGAAGGAGUGGCUUGAUUGGGACCAAUGCGCGCCCGACUCCGACGGGCUCGCCGGCGACUCAUUCUCAGUCGCGGCCGCCGAAGCCGCCCAUCACCAAGCUAUCACGGCCGAUCAUCAUCCCCAAUCUAUCGGCCCUCCAGCCGGCCGUCCAUCCGGUCACAACCCGCCUCAAUCAGACUACGACGCUUCCCAUCUGGCGACUGAACAAAAACACUCGGCUUAUAACUCCCACAAGCAUGGGCUGGGCAUGCUGGUUGACCGGAACGGAUUGUUUGGACCGGGGUUCUGGAACGCCCGGAGCAUCGACGACCUGCUCAAGGGACUCGGAGACGGAUCAGCACCAGGCCCGGAUGGCCACACUCUGCCAGAAGCUUUGCAGUCUUCCUCCGGUGCUCAGCCCGUGUGGGAAUAUAGUCCUGCAAUCGCACCAACUGCCCCUGCAUCCAGAGCCGUCGUCGUCGUCCCGGAACCCCCCAUCACUCCCUCUUCCGGCACUAACAGUAACAGUGUGUCCAAGCCAAGGACCCCUAAGCGGAUUGAUGGACUCGGGCCAGUAGUCAAAAGCCUCAAAAAUAAGACCCGCAAUCCUCCAUCCAUCAAGAAGACACCUCCUCUGUGCACCCAUGUUGGCUGGUACACCUUAAGCCUAAGUCCUCCAACACCCCAAUCACCCCGGUUGACCUCUUCGUCCCACUCAGAUCCUGGCCCCAUUCUCCCAACUACACCUCGCAAUCCUUCGGAAGAGAGCGUUAAACUGGUGCCCCUACAGGACGCACUAGUAUUCGAGAUCACACUCUUUGCACCUAUUCCUCCCUCCGAUCCGGUCCAGAAGAAGGAAAUCGACCGCAUCCAAACUAAACUCAAACACCGCCCGGGAGCGAUCCUCUUGAUCGACCCGUCCGAAUUCUUGCCAACCCAUCACGAAUAUCUCGAUCGUGCUAAAUUGUUCGCUGAUAAUAUAGACGACCUCAAACAGAAGAAAAGGGCGCAUCUAUCCGGUAAAGUGCGACGGCAUAGAUUGAUGACUGUAGUCUUCCAGUUUGACCGCUCUGUCGAGCUCUGGCAUCAACGCUGGCUGGAAAAAACCGGGAUCAAUUUGGCCCAGGAUCUGUCUCUGCCGAUGUUCACGGAUUACAACUGUAUCAGGAUUGUGUUGCCGUUGUAUUUGUUUUAUGUGGAGAUGAUCUCCUCGAUUGUUCCAAGACAGAAGGCCGAACAUGGCCGAAUAAAUCUGACCACAGAACUCCAGAUGGCCCGACGAAUCUUCAAAACCCUCGCAAUCGCCUCCAAUCAUCCCGGCUCUUGCAACAAUCAGUCGCUCAAGAAAGCCGCAGAAACGCUCAAGAAACAAAAAAACACUCGCGGGAUCACUAAAAUCACUCCACUUCUUUGGACUCAUUUAGAGUUCUGGAUGCAGACUUGCAGGCCGGGAGUAUUUAAACUUUCAAAUAGCACAAAGGCUCUUCCAUGGACGGUAAAGGAACUUUUUAAUAAUAUAUUCUGUUACUCGUAUUCAGCUCUUCAUAACAGGUACCUUCUCAAGGAUGCGAUGCCCUCUCGCUGA